AUGAUCAAGCAAACUUAAAUUUUAGGUGAACAUAAAGAUUUAGUAUAUACUCUCAACUUUAUGAAGAAAUCAUAUUAGUUUAUAUCUGGGAGUUGUGAUAAAUCUAUCAUUAUAUGGUAGUAAAAUGAAAAUAAUUAAUGGGUUUCCAAAUACAUAUUAAACGGACAUUGUAAUAUUAUUUAUUGUCUAUUAUUAAAUAGUAAUGAAGAUUUAAUUGUAUCAGGAAGUGAGGAUAAUACAAUUAAAUUCUGGAUGAAAAGAGUGAAUGGUAGUGUUAGUAAACAAUUAAAGAACAUUCCGGAUCUGUUUUUGAUUUGA